AUGAAUAUUGAUGAAAAACUCAUUGAGAUGGUUCGCUCUCACGUGGAGUUAUAUAAUUUAUCACAUGCUAAGUAUAGCGGAUAUAAAGAUAGUAUUUGGCGUAGUAUUGGAGAUGAAAUAAACCUAACAGGAAAAACUUGUAGAACUCGUUGGAAUAAUAUGCGAGACAAAUACCGAAAAUCAAUUAAAAAAACAACAAGUGGGCAAGCCGCUAAAAAAGUAAAAAAAUAUAAAUUUGAUGACCAGCUACAAAUUUUAAAACCACGUCUACAAGAAAGAGACACUUUGGGCAACAUAAAAGAUGUAGUUGUCAAUGAAGACGUUGACAUUUUCAAUGAAAACGCUGCAAUUCAAAGUGACGAGCACAUGAACGCAAUAGUAUCAGACGGUGGCAAGCAGUUGCAAAAUGUUAAACAAACGAGGUGUUCUAAGCCAGUUAAAAAAUUGACCCGAAAACGUUCAAUUUUUACAUCAUACUCUACUUCAACCACGCUGAUGAAAUAUAUUACGCAAAGACAGGAAAAAAACAUGUCCAAUGCCUCUCAGAGUAAUCCAGUUGAUGAUUUUUUGGCAGGCCUCUCACCAACACUUAAGACAUUCACGCCGUAUUAUUUAAACUUAGUGAAAUCUAAAAUAUUUUCAGUAGUACAAGAGCAUGAAAUGAAAAUGAUCUUAGACGAAGAACAGUAAAAUAAAUCUCAUAUGGUGCCAAAUUGUACUGUAUCAUCGCUAAUAUAUCAACAAUUUAAUCAAAAUAUCAUUCCAAAUGCAGCUCAAAACUACCAAUAUAUACAAGAACCAAGAGACGACAUGACAUCUACAUCACAUUACCUGUCCUCGCCGCCAUCUCCACAAUUUUCUAAAAGAAAUGUUCAUCACCAAAUACAUCGUAUUGUUCAUCUGCGCCACCAUCCCCUGCAAAUUUAAGUCAAAAUAUUUCUUUAAACGCUACUAAGAACCUCGCCUAAACAU